CACGCCGCUCACGUAAUCAUCGGCGCUACAUACUGCGCCUGCGCCGGAGUUCCGGUCUUUUCCCCCCCCUGAGCGCAGCUGGGCCUGCAGGUUUGUGCCGAGCCGCGGACGCGGGUUUCUUUUCCGCAGAAUGGGGUUUGUUAAAGUUGUCAAAAAUAAGGCCUACUUCAAGAGGUACCAAGUGAAAUUUAGAAGACGGCGAGAGGGCAAGACUGAUUACUAUGCUCGGAAACGCUUGGUGAUUCAGGAUAAGAAUAAGUACAACACGCCCAAAUACAGGAUGAUAGUUCGAGUAACCAACAGAGACAUCAUUUGUCAGAUUGCUUAUGCCCGAAUUGAAGGAGACAUGAUAGUUUGUGCAGCUUAUGCCCAUGAACUCCCAAAGUAUGGUGUGAAGGUUGGCCUGACAAAUUAUGCUGCUGCAUAUUGUACUGGUCUGCUGCUGGCCCGCAGGCUUCUCAAUAGGUUUGGCAUGGACAAGAUCUAUGAAGGCCAAGUCGAGGUGACUGGAGAUGAAUACAAUGUAGAAAGCAUUGAUGGUCAGCCCGGUGCCUUCACUUGCUACUUAGAUGCAGGGCUUGCCAGAACAACCACUGGAAAUAAAGUUUUUGGGGCCCUGAAGGGAGCUGUAGACGGAGGUUUGUCUAUCCCUCACAGUACCAAACGAUUUCCUGGCUAUGAUUCAGAAAGUAAAGAAUUCAAUGCAGAAGUUCAUCGGAAGCACAUCAUGGGCCAGAAUGUUGCAGACUAUAUGCGUUACCUAAUGGAAGAAGAUGAGGACGCUUACAAGAAACAGUUCUCUCAAUAUAUCAAGAACAGUGUGACUCCAGACAUGAUGGAGGAGAUGUAUAAGAAAGCUCAUACUGCUAUACGAGAGAAUCCAGUCUAUGAAAAGAAGCCCAAGAAAGAAGUUAAAAAGAAGAGGUGGAACCGUCCCAAGAUGUCCCUUGCCCAGAAGAAAGAUAGGGUAGCUCAGAAGAAGGCAAGCUUCCUCAGAGCUCAGGAACGGGCUGCUGAGAGCUAAAACCAAACCAUGAUUUUUUAUGGAAACUUGAGAUAAAGACAAUAAACUUAUUGAUGAAGUGA